AUGUUUCCGUUGUUUAUUGCAUGUAAAUAUGAGCAGGAUAAGAGACUACGAACAGAAAACCGUCUGUUACGGCAACGAAUAGAUUAUUUGGAGCAAGAAAGUUCAGCGCUUGCCGAUCGCCUAAUACGCGGUCAAGUAAAUUUGGCUCAGGAGGCUGAAAAUUGUAUGAGCAUUUCGCAUGAGUUGCAUAAAUUACGUGACAUCAACUCGGAUGCACAUCGACGUUUGGAAGAAGCCUACGAUACAAUACGGGAGCUAAGUUGCAAGAGGAAUGAAAGUAUUGUGGAUACAGCGACACAGGUCGAUGAUACAUCGAUGAUCGAACAUAUCCAUGCAUUGCAACAAGAACUGAUUGAAACACAUGUCAAAGAAGCUGACAAUGAGAAUAUCAUUCGUGAUUUGAAACAACGUGUUCAGGUAAUGACUUGA